AUGGACACCAUAAAAUCCGUCCUCGUCGACGAGACUGUGAGUCUCUUUCAAUCCGCAGGAGAUGUAGCCCGCUCAGGAGCCUACAUCUACCCUCUCAAGGGAAUCUUCCACCUCUCCAACACAAAGCCCCUCUGGCGCCCACCCCUCUCCAAAGCCUACCCAACCGCAACCCUUGGCCUAGGAGUAACCUCCGCUAUGUUCUUUUUCACCUACAUCCCGCAAACCGCCAUCAUGAGCAUCACGAGCGGACCCCUGCUCGCACCCAUCUCCACCGCAUUCCUCGUGUUAACCGAAUCCUCCACUAUCACGAACUACCUGGCCCGCGCCUUCCUCCUCAAGGACGCACUAAUGGACACCUUCGACGGAACACUGAUGAGCGAGGGCCACGAGGACCUAGUCGCUAAAGGCCGCCACCUCCACGCCUCCGGCGACGCGGUCUCUCGUCUGGGGGAUGUGAUUGACCCCGAACAUGUUGAGAAACAGGAGCGGGAGAAAAUCAGCGUGGCAAGUUUGAUCAAGGCGUGUGCGUAUCUGCCGUUGAAUUUCAUUCCGGUUGUUGGGACGGUGCUAUAUGUGUUUGUGCAUGGGAAGAAGAUGGGGCCGGAGCUGCACGAAAGGUAUUUUCGGUUGAAGGGGUGGGAUGGGAGGAAGGUUAAGGAGUGGGUGGAGAGGCAUCGGGGGGCUUAUACGGGACUUGGUAUGGCAGCUUUCGUGCUGGAAAUGAUACCCUUUGCUUCGAUUGCGUGCUCGUUUACGAAUAACGUUGGCGCGGCGUUGUGGGCGGCGGAUAUUGAAAGGGCGAUUCGGUAA